CUGCGCUCCUUAGAAAUAGAUCUGCGGGGCAGAGCAAGCAAACGCCACUGUAGGGAAAUAAAAACAGGCUGCAGGUCCCGACGGAGACGAGCUGGACUGACCCUGAGCUGGACCGGAUUGGUGUUUUUUUCCCCCCUUGGUUGUCUGAGAUCACACACUAGCUGGAGGAUCGCUUUCUCCUGGCCCCGGAUUGAGUUAUUGGCUUGGAUCGCAGCUCGGUUUUGAAAGAGAAAGCCCUCAGUGGAUUUGAACCUGCGCACUUGUCUUUGCCAUCGUGGAUGCAUCUGCCCGAUCCGCUUGAAUAACUCCAGCGGAUUACCAUUUAUUUCUCCCACUUGUGUUUUUUAUUUAUUUAUUAUUUUUUUAAUGAAUCGCAAUCAGGAAGCUAUGCUGGUUCUGGCUGUGAUCGCUAUGGCCGUGCUGUCAGAUGCAGGUCUGUCGGUGGAGGUGUUUCGUGCAGGGGUGGCCCCUCGCUGUGAGAGCCGGGCCUGUAACCCCCGCAUGGGCAACCUGGCUCUGGGCCGCCGGGUCCUCACCCAAACCGUCUGUGGCAACAACGGCACCGAGCUUUACUGCUCCUACCCCGACCCCCAGGCCUGCAGUGCCACCAAGUGCUCCAAGUGCAACGCCGGUCUGCCCCUGCUGGCCCACCUGGCCGGCGCCAUGGCGGACUCGUCCUUCCGCCACCCCAACACCUGGUGGCAGUCAGCCGAAGGGGUCGAGUCCGAGAUCGUGCAGCUGGACCUGGAGGCCGAGUUCUACUUCACACACCUCAUCGUGGUCUUCCGCUCUCCCCGGCCCGCCGUCAUGACACUGGAGCGCUCGCAGGACUUCGGGCGAACGUGGAAGACGCUGCAGUAUUAUGCCAGCAACUGCAGCGCCACCUUUGGUCUAGAGGAGGGAAAGGUGGGCGCAGGCCAUGAUGGAGCGUCUUGUACCUCCAAAUAUUCCGGGGCCUAUCCCUGCAUCCGUGGAGAGGUGAUCUACCGUGCCCUCCCCCAGUGGGAGUCCCUGGACCCGUUCGGGGUGGAGGCCCAGCAGCAGCUGAGGGUGACCAACAUCCGCAUUCGCCUGCUCAAGCACCAGUCGUGUCCCUGCCAGGCCAAAGACCCCGCCUCCGCAAAUGAUGCCCCUCCUACCCGCCACUUCGCCAUCUAUGACCUCAUAGUCAAGGGAAGCUGCUUCUGCAAUGGACAUGCCGAGCAGUGUGUCCCCGCACCGGGGUACCGUCCCGUCAGAGACAGGACCAACCACGUGGUCCAUGGGAAGUGUGUGUGUCGACACAACACUGCAGGUGAUCACUGCGAGCACUGUGCUGCACUCUACAACGACCGGCCCUGGCAGCCCGCUGAUGGACUGACAGGAGCGCCGCACGAAUGUCGGAAGUGCAAAUGUAACGGACACGCUCAGAGCUGCCGUUUUGAUUGGACGGUGUGGCGCGAGUCGGGCCAGCGCAGCGGAGGUGUGUGUGACUGUCUGCACAACACCGACGGGCAGCAGUGUCAGAGCUGUAAGGCCGGCUUCUACAGAGACCCCCACCGGCCACACACUGCCCCGGACUCCUGCAAACCAUGCAAUUGUCAUCCCUUGGGCUCCAUGCCCUUUCACUUGGCUGACGGCUCGCUCUGUGACCCGUCCAAUGGAAACUGCAUCUGCAAGCCAGGAGUGGGCGGAGCCCACUGCGACAGGUGCAUGGUGGGAUACUGGGGCUUUCAUGAGUACGGUUGCCGUCCGUGUGACUGUGCAGGAGACUGCGACCCCUUCACUGGAGACUGUAUGUUUGGCUCUGACCUAGAUCUGUACAACUUAGAGGGAAACUCCAGUGAACCAGUCAGGAUCUUCAGAGCAGAUGAGCUUUUCUCUGCCCUCCACUAUUCAGAGAAGUGUGAGUGUAAAGAGCAAGUGUUGGCCAACAGUAAACUCUUCUGCACAAUGAAUUAUGCAUACGUGUUAAAGGUGAAGGUGCUGUCCGCCCAUGAUAAAGGCUCCCACGCUGAGGUGGAGGUCAAAGUUCAGAAGGUGCUCAGUCAGGACACCAAGGUGAAGAUCCAGCGGGGUCGAGUCACCCUUUACCCCGAGUCCUGGACUGCACGGGGCUGCACCUGCCCCAUCCUCAACCCAGGGGUGGAAUACUUGGUGGCGGGACAUACAGACCGCAAACAGAGUCGCCUUGUGGUCAACAUGAAAAGCUUCGUCAAGCCCUGGAGAGCCAGCCUGGGGCGCAAAGUGCUCACGCUACUCAAGAAAGACUGCAACUGGUAGACGGACGGAGGAGAAACACUGCAGGACAGACAGAUGGAGGGAGAGGGGGAAAGGAACUGAGAGGAACAAGGCAAUGCCGAGGAUUUGGGUUCUCUUGUUCUCCCGGAUGUGGAUUGGUUGGAUCAAACGG